CCAAGAGAGAAAGAGAGAAAGAGAGAGACUGUAGUCACUCAAUUUUUUUGGUGCUCUGAUUCUGUAGGAAAGUAAGAGAACCCUAAAAAAAAAAUCAUUGCUUUACUAAAAACUUUUGGAAACGCAUCGAUGGAUUCGGCGUUUGUGGACAGAGCUUGGGACAAAUGGGUUACUACGGGUAACGUUGGUUCUUCUGGGAAUCCAUUGAAGGCUGCUAUUUUAAUUAACUAUGAUCCUUCAGGACCUUCUCGUCUCGUAUCAACAAUAGCUGAGCAAGAAGGGAUUGAUCUUUAUCCAGUUGACUUAAAGCAGUUCAUUGAUUUCAUGAGACGUGGCAACCUUCCUACCGAGACCUUUGUUCUUGGAUCCAACGAAUACAUAAUAACAUCUAUUCACGAGAAUUGGUUUGCUGCUCGGUGCUUAAACACAACCCAGCCUGCUGGUGAAGGAGCUAUUGUUAUGCACACCGCGGCUUACGUGUUGGUUGCUCUAUAUGAUGGAUCGAUUGGAUCAGCUUCUCAAGCUGUGGCUGCAGCUGAUCAGUUUGCAUCGCAGCUGAGUCGGAAAACUUCUAGCUUCAUCUUUUGCUAAGAUCACGAGUAUCAAUCACAUUGUUGUUCUCUGUCUUUUAUAGUAAUCAGCUUUGGCUAUGAUUUGUGAAGGGUCUUUGAGUUGCAGUAACUGGUUUUUCAUUUUAUCUCAUCUUGUGUAACUAGAACAGUCAGAAAUCAAUUGGUGCUCGUGAACAACUCUGCAUAUACAUAUCACCCUGCAGUUUACCAAUUA